CACGGGGGUGCCAACAGGCAGGCAACGGGGGGCGGCGCUCUUAUUAAAAAGAGCUAAAGGUGUGUUUUCAGUUUAAGUUUUUCAGCUUUUCAGCAUUUCCCUCAAUGUGAGGGCCGCAGUUCAAUUUUCGCACGCGACGCGAGCGGCAGCAAAAAAAAAGAAAAUAAUAUAAAUAAAUAAGAAAAAAAGAAGAAAAUCAACAAAUUUGGAAUCGCAACGCUUCGAUGAGCAAGUGGUAUGCCACCAGGCAGAUGACGCACUGCCUCGUUGUAGUCUACUCAUUCUGCUUCUUGUUGCGGCACGUGCUGGCAGAUGAAACUUGCCUCAUACAUGCCACACUAUUUGUGACGCCUCUGGAGCUGCGGCAGGAGCAGGAUUUCGGUCUGCCACUCGACAUAGAUUGCAGCAAUGCGAACAACAGUCGUGUGUCAGGCACUUUUGAUCUUGGCGCCCAACGUGUGGCAGGUAAGUUGCAUGUGCUGCUCGAUGGCAGUCAGACAUCGCCAUUGAACACUUCCAGCUAUGGAUUGGAGUAUCUGGAUAAUUGUGCGCAACUGCAGAGUCUGCAGAUCGAGAGAUUUGUGGGCGAUGUGAGUCUCGGAUUAAGCUGUAAUGGCUUCAAAUUGGAGAGCAUGCGCCAAGUUUACUUCCAUCACAAUGAACUGGGCACACUGAGUGGCAUCAGCUUUGAGUUGUUGCCACAACUGAAGCAGCUGCAUUUGGAGGAGAAUUCACUGAAACUAAUUGAAUCCUUCAGCGGCUGUAAGCAAUUGGAGCAGCUGAAUAUCCGAAAAGAGCGGCAAUUGGCGCUGCGGCAAUCGGAUAUCUUGUUGCAACUGCGACAGGUGCAACGUGUGGAGCUCACGCAGCUGAAGCUGAUAGAGGCACCAGUUUUAGAGGAGCUGCCUGGUCAGCUGAAGGAGUUGCUCGUGCAGACAACGCCCAUAACACCACAUCAGUUUAAAAUAUUCAAAGGCAGCGAGCAGUUGAUAAAUCUGACCUUAUGCCAAUGUGAGCUGACUUUAUUUACUCUAGAAUCAGAGUCAUUCAAUUUAUUACAUCUUAAUCUCAGUGGCAAUGCCUUGAGACAGCUGCAAAUCUUCAACUCCUCCUCGCUUCUCAGCUUGGAUCUCAGCUCGAAUCAUUUGUCCAGUUUGAACCGCAGCUGGUUUGUCCAAAUGCCACGCCUACAAAAGCUGCAAUUGCAACAGAAUCGCCUGCACAGCAUCUCCAUGUUGCAGUUGCUCCAACUGUCCCCAGUUACGCUCUCCCAGCUUGACCUGAGCCACAAUGAGCUGCUGCGUCUGGAGCAGACAGAGAAUACUCGCUGGGAUCAGAUGAGACAGCUGCGCAUACAGAUCGAUGGAAAUCCCUGGAGUUGCCAGUGGCUGCUCAACUUUUCACAUGCCCAACCAGAGCUUUUCCGGCUCUUUAGCUAUGACAAGUACAUUUCCCAGAUCAAUGUGAAUGGCUUGAGUUGUACACCUCAGCUGGAGGAGGAUCCGCCGCAGACUAACUCCAAUCGCAGUCAGCAAUUGAUCAAUGCUUCAAAUCGAAAUGCACAUUUAAAUGUCUCCAGUCAUACGGUGCUUUACGGUAAUCCCGUCCAGCAAUCGCACAGUCAGCGCUCCGAGGCUCUUAUCAUUGUUUUCAUGCUGCCUUUUGGGAUUGCCCUGCUCUUCCUGCUCCUUUAUCUCUAUCUGCACUGCGAGCGUCUCUUUCAUUGGUCUUAUUACUCGAGUGGACUUAGAUGUUUUGGUGGCAACAAAUCCUCGCGUGCUCAUCGCUUUGUGGAUCACAUUGAUAUCGUACGUUAUCCUGUGGCCAAUGCCAGCAUGGGCAUCGACUUGGAGCCACAGCCCGAUGGCUAUGAGACGCCUCUAAGUGGCAGCGCAUCCAUCUGCAACUGCGCCGGACACAGACAGUCCAGUUGCUCUAGAACUCAUCAUGUCACCUAUGAGACGAUGCCCACGGAGCUGCCUUAUCAGUUGUAUGCUGAGAUCAAGGAGCAGAUUGAUUCGACGGAUGCGGAUCAAACUCUCGCCGAGACGGCGGCAUCCACAAUGCCUAUCUAUGAUCAUUUGUCGUAUGAGGAAGAGAAACCUCUGGAAGUGUAAGCGUCAGUUAAAUAUAUAAUAAGGAUUAAUUUAAACUAUUUUAACGGAAACUGCAGAUUUGGACUUGUCUAUGUGUCAAGGCAUUUCUACCGGACUUGGCAAGAAUUAUUAAGUUUGUACGUCUUGUUGUUUGGUGUGUAAUUUAUUUCUAAGUUUUAAAUCUAAUUAAAAUCAUUUAAUAAUUUUU